AUAUACAAACUGUAGAAACAAAAAAAAACUCCCCAUUGCUCCCCCCUAGCGUUUUCUUCUUCGUCGAUUUUCUUCUUCAACUCACAUUCCGGCGUCUCUCAGUCGAUCGACCGUGCCUUCAGCAGGGAAAGUCAUUCCGGAAACAUGCCAGGACAGAAGAUUGAAACGGGUCAUGAGGACACUGUCCAUGAUGUGCAAAUGGAUUACUACGGGAAGCGAGUAGCAACUGCUUCAUCUGACUGCACCAUCAAGAUAACCGGAGUCAGCAACAACGGUGGAUCGCAGCACCUAGCUACAUUAACCGGCCACCGUGGUCCUGUCUGGGAGGUAGCGUGGGCCCACCCAAAGUAUGGAUCAAUCCUAGCUUCUUGCUCCUACGAUGGUCAAGUCAUACUCUGGAAAGAAGGCAACCAAAACCAAUGGACUCAAGCUCAUGUCUUCACAGACCACAAAUCUUCAGUCAACUCCAUUGCUUGGGCUCCUCAUGAACUCGGACUAUCCUUGGCUUGCGGGUCAUCCGAUGGAAACAUCUCGGUUUUCACAGGCCGUGCUGAUGGUGGCUGGGACACAGCAAAGAUUGACCAAGCGCAUUCGGUUGGAGUCACUUCAGUCUCAUGGGCACCAGCAACUGCGCCUGGUGCUCUGGUUAGCUCCGGGUCGCUGGAUCCGGUUUACAAGCUAGCUUCAGGUGGGUGUGAUGACACCGUGAAAGUGUGGAAGCUCACAAACGGGUCGUGGAAGAUGGAUUGCUAUCCGGGUCUUAAGAAACACACUGAUUGGGUCCGUGAUGUGGCGUGGGCACCGAACUUGGGUCUCCCUAAGUCCACCAUAGCUAGUGGUUCGCAAGAUGGGAAAGUGAUUAUUUGGACGGUGGGGAAAGAAGGUGAGCAAUGGGAAGGUAAGGUUCUGAAAGACUUUAUGACUCCGGUUUGGCGGGUUUCGUGGUCGUUGACCGGUAAUUUGUUGGCUGUGUCUGAUGGGAACAAUAACGUGACGGUGUGGAAAGAGGCUGUUGAUGGAGAGUGGCAACAGGUUACUGUUGUGGAGCCAUAGGUUUUUGGUGUUUCGCUCUAUUUCUGCUCUUCCUUUAACAAUUGAAUCGAACACUUCUCUUCUUUUUAUCUUAUAAAUUGUUUCUCAGUCUGGGUUGGUGGUCUUUUUGAGGGAAUGUGGAUGUGGUUUUCUUAAAUUGAUUCGAAGUAUUUGGACAUUUUAUUUAUCUUUCCUAGGACUUUUUUCUUUUCUUUUAAGACGAGAUCUCCAUGAUAUAUACUAUAUUUCAAACCUGAAUCUUUCACCGA